CAGAGCCUAAGGGUGUGAAGGGACAGAGGGGAGAGGGGCAAGGGAAGCUUGGUGCCAGAAGAAGGGGGGACCGGUGGGGCUGAGGUCCCCAGGAGCAUGGCUGAGUCUGUCACCUAUGCAGACCUCCGGUUUGUGAAGGCUCCCCUGAAGAAGAGAAUCUCCUGCCAGUUAGGGCAGGACCCAGAGACCGACGAUGAUGGGGAACUCACCUACGAGAAUGUACAAGUGCCCUCAAUCUCAGGGGGAGCCUCAAGCUUGGCUUCCUCUGGACGGGGGGACAAAGCUGGUCUUCAGUCCGAGCCGCCCACUGCGUCCUGGAGCUCGGUGACGUCACCAGCAGCCAGGCGCCUCCAGGGCUGCCGUUCAUCCUUCUCGAAAUACCUCUUGGGCCUGCUCUUCGCCUGCCUGCUGUUAGGGAUAGCUGCUAUCUCCUUAGGAGUGCGCUACCUGCAGGUAUCUCAACAGCUCCAGCACAUGAACAGAGUUCUGGAAGCCACUAACAGCAGUCUGAGGCAGCAGCUCCAAAUAAAGAUCACCCAGCUGGGGCAGAAGGAACAGGAUCUGCUGGGGUCCAGGAGGGAGCUGACCCAGAGUCAGGAAGCACUACGGGUGGAACAGAGGGAUUGCCAGGCUGUCAAGGAGCAGCUACAGGCCUGCCAGUCUGACAGCCAGGGAACAAAGGAGGCCUUGCACAAUGAGGAGGAACGAAGGAGGUCGCUGGAGGAGAGGCUGAAUAGAAUACAGGACAAACUGAAGCCCUACCUCACAUGUGACACACCUGCUUCACAAGAUACCUGCUGUCCCAUGGGAUGGAUACUGGUGGAGAGGAAAUGCUUUUACUUCUCAUCUGUUAAGAAAUCAUGGGAGGAGAGCAAAAAGUUUUGUAGUUCUAUGUUAUCCAGCUUGGCCACACUUAGUGACUAUCCUUAUACAGGUUAUCACAGCAGCAGCGUAUAUAAAGCGUGGGAACAAUCUGGUCGGUCUGAUUCAUUUUGGAUUGACGUCAGGCCAAAGGACAGGCAGGGGACUUACACUAAAGUGGGCUCUGGGUAUAAUGCUCCAAAACAACCCUGUUAUAAGAUACCAUCAUACUCUUGGUUAUCAUCUCAAGACUGUAAGAGUUCUCUUCCCUUCAUCUGUGAGAAGGAAGCUUUUAAGUAUCCAGAUCAGCACUGAGCUGAAUACUUGUGCCAACAAGAGCCUGUGCCCCUCAUCCCUAACUUGGAGCCAUGGGUCCAUGAUUCUCUCCCUCCAGCGUUCCCUCACUCUUGCUGGACAGUGCCUGGCCAAGGGCUGAUCUGGCCCAACAUUCC